AUGAGCCAGGCUCUAAGACCUCUCGUCCGGCUACCAUGGCGGAGCGUCCCUCUACGCCCAUUCCUCGCCCGACGGAGCUAUUCAUUCCGAUUCAAGGAACAGGCACAGGGCUUAAAGACAGACUACCUUGACCUGAACAGAGCAGUCUCAGCAGAGGCACGUCCUUCUGCUGACUUUUCUCACAAAUAUUUGGGAAGGCCCUCCCCGGAAGGGGUCAGGCUAGUGCACUCCAAGCUGGAAAUCAUAAUUGAGGGAGAAACCCGGCACUUCAGGUACCCGCUCCUACGCGACGCCUGUAAAUGCAACCUCUGCAUAGACGAGCAUUCGAAACAGCGCAAGUUCCGCACUUCGGACAUCCCUCCGACAAUUGUUCCUCGGGACGUUCAGUGGGACGGCAAGGAACUGCAGAUAGAGUGGGCAACUGAUAUCAAGGGAUGGAGCCCGGGACAUGUGUCCAAAUAUAGUGUGGAAAUGCUUAAAGACGCGAAAGCCAACCCUCCUGAAUCGGAUACGGGCACGAUGAGGCGUCGAUUCCUCUGGGACAACAAGACUAUGGAAGAGAGACAGUACUGGGUCUCGUACGAGGAUUACAUGAAUAACGAAACAGCAUUCAUAAAGUCCAUGCGCCAUCUAGCUUUGAUGGGCAUCAUCUUCGUUAAGAAUAUCCCUGACUCGCGGGAGAUGGUUGAGAAAAUUGCAACCAAGAUGGGGCCCCUCCGGAACACCUUCUAUGGACCGACAUGGGAUGUCCGCAGCGUUCCCAAAGCGCCCAACGUCGCCUACACCAACGUCUUCCUCGGAUUCCACAUGGAUCUUAUGUACAUGAACGAGCCCCCGGGCUUCCAGCUGCUGCAUUGCCUCGAGAACUCAUGCGAGGGGGGCGAGUCCCUGUUCGUGGACGGCUUCCGAGUUGCGGAACUAAUACGUUGGAAAUACCCAGAGCAAUUCGAAGAUCUGACCAAGCUGCGCCUGAACUACGAAUACAACCACAAGGAACACAUCUACAACAACAGCUGGCCUGUAGUGGAGACGGAAGACGGCGACCCGAAGAAGCGAAUCCUUCACGUCAAUUACUCGCCCCCUUUCCAAGCGCCCCUCCUCUCGGACGAUAACCACCAAAUGCCCUGGAUUGAGUACAGUCGGGCUCUACGGGCUUUUGCGAGGGAAAUCGAACGCCCUUACAAUGUCUUCCAGCUGAAGUUGAACCCGGGCGAAUGUGUCAUCUUCGAGAAUCGCCGAAUCCUCCACGCCCGUAACCAGUUCAACACCGAACAGGGUAAGCGGUGGCUGGCCGGCACCUACGUCGACGAGGACGACGUCCUCUCCACCUUCAGAAAGUGUCGUAACACCCAGUACCAUACCUGGCACUGGACAAGGGUUACAGGGCCCAAACAUGCGACCGAGGCGGCCGCCGAGGGUGAAGCUAUCGCCGCGAAUCACAGAACCGAGUAA